ACACAAAUUUUGACAGCCGGUUUUGUACAUAACCUCACAAAAGGAAGUCAAAUAAGAAAAUAUUUACAAUUUUUGCAAUUUCUUCGUAAAAAAUGGAUAAUAGCGCCGAAUUGAGGGAUGUCCCGGAGGGGGCAACUGUAGACAUCAAUAGAUAUAGGAAACUGAUCAGUGAUUUCAUUAAUUUGAGACGCUACCAAACUGCCCUGUUUUGGGCAGAAAAAGUCACCGUGAUGAGUAAAUACGAGACUAUGGAUGUCUACUGGUAUGCCCAGUGUCUCUUUCAUCUAAAAGAAUACCACAGAGCCGCGUACGUUUUGCGAUUGCACAAACUGGAGAAGACCAAUCUCUUGUGCCACUGCCUAACGCUGGAGAGUCUCUACGAGGCCAAGGAGUUCCAGGAGGCAAUUGAUAUCAUCAAUUCCGUCGAUUCCUACUUUAUGCUCCAAUCCAAUGACGAUAUAAUUGAGAGUAGUGAAGUCUUUGCCACAAUAACUUUUCUCAAAGGGAAAAUCCUCGAUGCACUGGAUAAAAGAUCCCUGGCCACGGAAGCAUUCAUGCAAACUCUGCAAACUUCGGUAUUCUUCUCCGAAGCACUGGACUACCUAACACAGCAUGAGAUGCUUAUGGCCUCUGAAGAAAGAUCCCUUAUGGAUUCUCUGCCUAUUGCGCAUCAAUGUUCAGACUCUGAUGCCAAAAUCCUCAAGAUUCUCUAUGAGAGUAAACUGAAGAAGUAUUACGAUAAGAUUAACACGCACUUUCUUCCCGGACGUCUCAUCACAAGCAAUUUGAGCAUCGUCCAAUCGCUCAAGAAGACCAAAAAGGAAAAUCUCUACACCACUUUUAAUACGGCAAAGAAUACAGAUACAAUCCGAAGUCCCUAUGUUCUCCUACAGUCAACGAACAAGGCAACUCCUAUUGCUUCAAAAACUUCCCAGGGAAAGACUUCGAUAAAGACUGAAAAGGAAUCACUUCAGAGCAUGUUCUGUGACGUACAAAAAUUAUCCCUCAAAGAUUGUCUCUUUCAACUAACCCAGAGCAUUGAUUUGCUUGUAGCUAAAGCUGAAAAAUGCUUCUACAACUGCAACUACAAUCACUGCCUCAAAAUUCUCAAUGAGAUCUUCAAACGUGAUCCUUAUCACACACAGAGUCUUUCAAUACAAAUUGGCUGCUUGUAUGAGCAGAAAGAAACAAAUAAACUCUUCUAUGUGGCGCAUAAAUUGGUGGAUUUGUAUCCGGAACAAGCAAUUUCUUGGUAUGCCGUGGGUAGUUAUUACGAUUUAAUCGGGAAGAGUGAUUCAGCCCGGCGCUACCUCUCCAAAUCAACCACCCUGGAUAGAUUUUACAGUCCCGCCUGGCUGGCGUAUGGGCACUCCUUUGCCAAGGAGAAUGAACACGAUCAAGCCAUGGCGGCGUACUUCAAAGCCACACAACUCAUGAGAGGAUGCCACCUGCCACUUCUCUACAUUGGCGUUGAGUGUGGCUUGACGAAGAAUCUCGAACUUGCUGAGAAUUUCUUCGAGCAAGCUCUUUCAAUUGCCCCAAUGGACGUGUCUGUCCUCCAUGAAUUAGCUGUUAUUAAAUAUGAAUAUGAAUUCUACAAAAAUGCUGAGGAAGUCUUUCGUGUGACGAUGGAUGUUGUUAAACGCGUUGCCGAAUGGAACAAUGAGGUCUUUUCCACACGUUGGGAACCAUUGCUCAACAAUCUCGGUCACUGCUGUCGGAAGAACAAAAAGUACACCGAAGCGUUGGAAUUCCAUCGUCAAGCACUCGUCUUGAGGCCACAAAAUGCCGCCACGUACACUGCCAUUGGACUCGUGCAAGCCAUCAUGGGCAAUCUCAUUGAGGCUGUUGAGGCCUUCCACAAAAGUCUCGCACUGAGGCGCAAUGAAAUCUUCACGACAACAAUUCUCAAGUAUGUCAUUGAGGAACUAAUGGAGGAAUCCCUUGUAUCCGAUGCCUAUGCAGAUGCUUCUACCACAUUCGCCUCCAACACAUCCACAAAGCUCAGUGAUAGUGAGAAGUCUCCUCUGGCCACACCACUCUACGGCCUCACUGGACGUGCCUCCGAUCUCGAUGUUGUUGAUGUCCUCACAACACCCAUGGUUUAUGAGAAUUAUGACAUCAGCAUGGAUGAUUGAGACUUCUUCUUUUUCUGAUGAAUAAUAAUAAAUUCGUUUAUGUGCUA